UGUGAUUCUCAAACUAUGGCUGAAGGUACCGAGGCGUCUGUUGAGUUUGGACUGGUACAUCAUGCUCUGGUGUUUCUACGCAUUCAUACUUUUUGCUACAGUUUUGUCAAAUUCCUGGAUGCAACCCUGAGGUCAUGGGGGAUCAGCCACUGGCUGCCAUCAUGGUGCCCAACAUCUCAGAGCAAACUGGAAGAGGCAGAGGAGAGGAUGCUGCAGUCCAUCCAAAGCAAGUUCUCCAAGCAGUUUGUCCAUAUCUCCAAUGACAAGAAGCUGUGGACGCUGGUGUUCAGUGACAAUGCAGAGCAGAAGACUCCUCUGGUGCUGCUGCAUGGUUUUGGUGGUGGAGUGGGGCUCUGGGCUAUGAACCUGGAUGCUCUCUCCCAGCAGAGACCCGUGUAUGCUCUUGACCUGCUCGGAUUUGGUCAGAGUAGCAGGCCUCAUUUCAGCAACGACGCCCAGGAAGCCGAAACACAGUUUGUGGAGUCCAUCGAGGAGUGGAGGGAAAAACUAGGCCUGGAGAGUGUAAUCCUGCUUGGCCACAACUUGGGCGGAUACCUGGCAGCAGCCUACUCUCUUAAAUACCCUUCCAGAGUAAAACAUCUGAUCCUGGUGGAGCCGUGGGGUUUUCUGGGGUGUCCAGAUGCUGUUGAACAGGACAGACCCUUUCCUGUGUGGAUUAAAGCCCUCGAGGUCGUCCUCAGACCCUUCAACCCACUGGCUGGCCUUCGGCUUGCAGGACCGCUCGGUCCAGGUCUAGUGCAGAUUGUGCGGCCUGACUUUAAAAAGAAAUAUGCUGCCAUGUUUAAUGACAACACAGUCACAGAGUACAUCUACCACCUUAAUGUCCAAAGCCCAAGUGGUGAAACAGCUUUCAAAAACAUGACCAUUUCAUACGGCUGGGCCAAGCGGCCCAUGCUGCAGCGCGUUGGCCUGAUUCACAGUGACAUUCCCAUUACUGUGAUCUAUGGGUCACGCUCCAGCAUAGAUGGCCACUCCGGCAAUUCAAUCAAAGAAAUGAGGCCAAAUUCCCACGUGGAGCUAAUCGCUAUACGAGGAGCAGGACACUAUGUAUUUGCUGACCAACCUGAAGACUUCAACCACAGGGUACUCCGUGUGUGUGACUCAAUGAGCUGAAGGGUGAUGAGGAAUGACUGUCUUUUUUUUUGUUGUUUUUAUGUUGAACUCAUUACAUUCCCUAUUAACACAGACAAAAUAGCGGGCCAGAGUGCCUCUGUAAAUUUGUACGUAUUUGCAUGUCGCAGUGCAGCAUGUAUCACUACAUCGUGUCCUUUACCAGACACACGUUUUGCACGCUGCAGGUUUGCUGAUCACUGAUCACUGGAAUUAUAAUAACUAUUGUCAUGACUGUUCUCAUUCAGGUACUGUUCCUGUUCUCAUUCUCAUUUCAUUUUCCCCACAACCUCCAUUAACGUGGAUUAAUAACUA